AUGAAUUUCGAGCUCCCUGCAGAGGUCCAAGAAUACCUGUCACGUGUCGACACCUUUAUCACCGACACCAUCCUUCCAUUGCAACAUAGCAACGACAAUAACCGCUUCUUUGACCACCGUCGCGAAGCUUCAAGGACGCAAUGGAACAACCAAGGCCUCCCAACAAAGGAUUGGGAAGGCUUGCUUAGCCAAGCCAAGAAGCUCGCCGACGGGGCGGGCUUCUACCGUUUCGCGUGCCCGAAGGAAUACGGCGGAUCUGGCACGGAUUCACUCAACCUCCACAUGUGCGCGAUUCGGUAUCACCUGUCCUCACAUCCUGUGUACGGCGGUGGUGUGAGCCUGGCCAACGAUAUACAGAAUGAACACAGUGUUGUCGGCAACCAUCCCUUCGUCUUCAUGGUGCAUCACUACGGCACCCCCCAGCAACAGAGGGACUUGAUACCGGCCAGCAUCAACGGCAAGCUGAGAGCCACUUUCGGGCUGACCGAAAUCGACCAUGGCUCCGACGCCACUCAUAUGAACACGACGGCCCGGCCGGUCACCCUCUCUUCAGGCGAGCCCGGGUACGAGAUCAACGGGAACAAAAAGUGGCAGACGGGCAUGCACACCGCCACCCACUGCACGGUCUUUGCCCGGACUUCCGGCAGGGCGGGCGACGCGAAGGGAAUCACCGCGUUUCUCGUCCCCCGGGACUCCCCGGGCCUCACCGUUGCUUCGUACGAGUGGACACUGAACAUGCCCACCGACCACGCGACAGUCAUGCUGCACAAUGUCCGCGUCCCAGCCUCGGCCGUCCUCGGCCCGCUCGACGACGGGCUGGCCAUUGCCCAGACCUUCACACACGAGAACAGGAUCCGCCAGGCCGCCUCGAGCUGUGGGGCCACGCGAUACUGCAUAGACCGGAGCGUCGAGCACGCCAACAGGCGCAAGGUGUUUGGGGCGCCCCUGUCCUCCAACCAGGCUAUUCAGUGGCCCCUGGUGGAACUCUCGACCCAGGAAGAGAUGUUGAGGCUGUUGAUUCUUCGCACGGCCGUAGAGAUGGACCAGGUCUCGGCGAGGGCCAAGGCUGCCGGGAAGGCGCCGUGGGUCGCCAUCGAGAAACAACUUGGGCACAAGAUUAGCAUGUGCAACUACUAUGCGAAUCGCAUGGUCUGCCAGGCUGCCGAUCGGGCCAUUCAGAUCCACGGCGGGGAUGGAUAUUCGAGGCACUAUCCAUUUGAGCAUAUAUGGCGGCAUUUCAGGCGAUAUCGAAUCACGGAAGGGAGUGAGGAGGUUCAGAUGCGCAAGGUUGCUGCUUACCUGUUUGGCUAUAAAAAGACGGGCACGGAAGAGCCGCGGAGUCGAGCAAGCUUGCGAGCUGGCUGUCAUGGAAAACAAGUCAAACUUUAG